UCUCACCACACAUCACAGCAACAAUACCACCAAAGGCAAAAGCUACGUGGGCUUCUCAAAUGACUAAUUCCAUACCUAAGAUCAAGCAGGAUGAAGCAACACUUAUGUGCAUUCUGCUUUUGUUCGUUACAGGAAGCUGGUCUGUAACACUCAUAGCCCCCAGUGAGGCUGUAAGCGAAACUGUGCUCGUGAACAGCACCUUAAAUCAGCUGAGCUCGCCAAAGAAGCCGGUUCUCCUUCCUAAGGAAUCCAUUCCUCCAACUGGAGACUACAGCCUGCGUGACCACAAGGGCAAUGUGUGCAUCAAGGCAAUUCUGGGAGCAGAGUACAUCGUUACUCAAGGGAAGACAAAUUUACAUUUCAACCUUGACCCAAAGUCCACGAUAGCCACAGGAUUCUGUGGAGACAAUACUGCUCUUUUGUCUCUGAGUUUUGAUGGUGGGAGUAUCGAGUUUAACUUUGUUAAGAAAGGGAAAAUGUCAUACGUGUCUAUAUUAAGAGCCAGUUUGACAGCAUCUCGUAACUGCACGGAUUGCACGAGAGAAACAUUUACAGGCGCCCUCAUCAAUAUGAAACUGUUUCUAAGCGAAAAUGGACGCAGCUAUAAGUGCUACAGCGAAGACACUCUUACGAUGGCUAACAACCUAAACAUUAAAAUAAUGAAUAUGAAAAUUCAGGGAUUUCAAAUAAGCAGUGGAAAAUUCGGAAAAGAGAACGAAUGUUGGCCGGAUUAUGUGAAAAGGAUGGUGCCCGUCAUCCUGGGAGGCACCGGCGUGGGCCUCUGCCUUAUCGGCAUCCUCUCGUGGCUACUCGUACGAGAACGCCGAACCCAGGGCUACCAAAGAAUAUAAAAACCUUUUUCACAGAUAUACAAUACUAUACAUCUUAGUAUUCAGUUAAAACGUUGGUCAAUGAGUGUGUCUGUAAAAAGGAUGUUAUUAUUAUUGUGAAAUGGUGUUUAUACAGUCUAGGCAAAAUGAUCCACCUUGCUAUGCAAACAGUAUAUAAACUUCAACAUGCUCGAAGAGUUUCGAAUAGGAAUUGACUUUUCGUUCUGCCCUCAGAACAUUUUUAUGCAAGUAAAAUUCCCACGAGCAAUAAAAAAUGUAAUAUCUA